CGGCGUCCGUCUCCUUCCCAGAAACUGGCAGGUCACUCGCACCCGCCUCCUCUUUGCCCGUCUCUUCCCUGUCCCGCAGUCUGAGCUCCGGAGGUUCUGCUUGUGUCUGUGUGUGUCUUGCAGGUUGGACUCAUGGCCUCGCCGCUGAGAUUCGACGGGCGGGUGGUUCUGGUCACCGGCGCAGGGGGAGGGCUGGGCCGAGCCUAUGCUCUGGCUUUUGCAGAAAGAGGUGCAUCAGUUGUUGUGAAUGAUUUAGGAGGGGACUUCAAGGGAGUUGGUAAAGGCUCCUUAGCUGCCGAUAAGGUUGUUGAAGAAAUAAGAAAGAAAGGUGGAAAGGCAGUGGCCAACUAUGAUUCAGUGGAAGCAGGAGAGAAGCUUGUGAAGACAGCACUGGAUGCUUUUGGAAGAAUAGAUGUUGUGGUUAACAAUGCUGGAAUUCUGAGGGAUCGUUCCUUUAGUAGAAUAAGUGAUGAAGACUGGGAUUUAAUCCAUAAAGUUCAUUUGCGGGGCUCAUUCCAAGUGACCCGGGCAGCAUGGGAUCACAUGAAGAAACAGAAAUUUGGAAGGAUAAUUAUGACUUCAUCGGCUUCAGGAAUAUAUGGCAACUUUGGCCAGGCAAAUUAUAGUGCUGCAAAGCUGGGUCUUCUGGGCCUUGCAAAUACUCUUGCAAUUGAAGGCCAGAAAAACAACAUUCAUUGUAAUACUAUUGCCCCUACUGCUGGAUCACGGCUGACCAAGACUGUCAUGCCUGAAGAUAUUCUGGAAGCACUGAAGCCAGAUUACGUGGCACCCCUGGUCCUUUGGCUGUGCCAUGAGAGUUGUGAGGAAAACGGUGGCUUGUUUGAGGUUGGAGCAGGAUGGAUUGGAAAAUUGCGCUGGGAGCGGAGCCUUGGGGCAAUUGUAAGACAGAGGAAUCAGCCGAUGACUCCUGAGGCAGUGAAGGCUAACUGGAGAAAGAUCUGUGACUUUGAAAAUGCCAGCAAGCCUCAGAGAAUUGAAGAAUCAACUGGCAGUAUAAUCGGAGUUCUAAGUAAAAUAGAUUCAGAUGGAGGAGUUUCAGCAAAUCAUACCAGCCAUGCGGCAUCAUCAAAAGCCACCUCAGGAUCUGGUGAAGCUGUUGGCCACAAGCUUCCUUCAUUUUCUUCUGCCUACACGGAACUGGAAACUAUUAUGUAUGCUCUCGGAGUGGGAGCAUCGGUCAAGGAACCAAAGGAUUUGAAGUUUAUUUAUGAAGGACAUUCUGACUUCUCCUGUUUGCCUACCUUUGGAGUUGUUAUAGCUCAGAAAUCUGUAAUGAGUGGAGACUUAGUAGAGAUUCCUGGGCUUUCAAUUGACUUAGCAAAGAUUCUUCAUGGGGAGCAGUACUUGGAGUUGUAUAAACCACUUCCCAGAACAGGAACAUUAAGGAAUGAAACAGUUGUUGCUGAUGUCUUAGAUAAAGGAUCCGGUUUAGUAAUUCUUAUCGAUGUCUAUUCUUAUUCUGGGAAGGAACUUAUAUGUUAUAAUCAGUUCUCCCUAUUCCUUGUUGGCUCUGGAGGCAUUGGUGGAAAACGGACUUCAGAUAAAGUCAAGGAAGCUGUAGCCAUACCUAAUAGACAUCCUGAUGCUGUACUUACAGACACCACCUCACUUAAUCAGGCUGCUCUGUACCGCCUCAGUGGUGACUGGAAUCCAUUACAUAUUGAUCCUAACUUUGCUGGUUUAGCAGGUUUCAACAAGCCCAUAUUACAUGGAUUAUGUACAUUUGGAUUUUCUGCCAGGCAUGUUUUGCAGCAGUUUGCAGACAGUGACGUGUCAAGAUUUAAGGCAAUUAAGGCUCGUUUUGCAAAACCAGUAUAUCCAGGACAAACUCUAAAAACUGAGAUGUGGAAGGAAGGAAAUAGAAUUCAUUUCCAAACCAAGGCCCAAGAAACUGGAAACAUCGUCAUUUCAAAUGCAUAUGUGGAUCUUGUGCCAACAUCUGAUGUUUUAGCUAAGACACCUUCUGAGGGUGAGGAGCUUCAGAGUAGCUUGGUAUUUGAGGAAAUAGGCCGUCGUCUUAAGGAUGUUGGGCACGAGGUGGUGAAGAAAGUAAAUGCUGUAUUUGAGUGGCACAUCACUAAAGAUGGGAGUGUUGCAGCCAAGUGGACUGUUGACCUAAAAAAUGGUACAGGAAAAGUGUAUCAAGGCCCUGCAAAAGGCUCUGCUGAUGUAACAAUCACACUUUCAGAUGAAGAUUUCAUUGGUGUAGUCCUGGGCAAGAUUGACCCUCAGAAGGCAUUCUUCAGUGGCAGACUGAAGGCCAAAGGGAACAUCAUGCUGAGCCUGAAGCUUCAGACGAUUUUUAAAGACUAUGCCAAGCUCUGAAGGACAUGCUCCAUUGUUAACAAAAGAAGAACUCUCUCUCCACCUUAAUACACAAAACUGAUUCAGCAAAAGUGAUCAAAACUAAGAUGCAGGAGAAAUUGCUUAACAUUUUCAGAUUUCAGAUAACUUUUCAGAUUUUCAUUUUCUACUAAUUUUUCAUGUUAUCAUUAUUUUUACAAGGGACUGUAAAAUAGCACAUAAUUAUCCUUCCUAGACCUUAUCUUCAUAAUAAAAAAUUUUCAUUAAAGUCUAGUAUCCUUAGAAUUGUUAAUAGCA